AUGGCACCACCAACUUGGACAGAGCUGCUUGAGGGAAACCGCGUCUAUGCGGAGACACAGCACAAGCCUGCAGCACUCAUCGGUCAGCCUGGUUUUGAGAUACCCUCUGUUAUGAUCUUUACAUGCAUCGAUUUUCGAGCAUCGGCUGAAGCAUUGCUCGGCAUGAAAGGCGAUGAAGCGUUUGUGGUCCGAAACCCAGGUGGUAGAAUUACCACUGGCAUCCAGUCGCUGCUCUUUGUCGACACAUUAACGGGUGGGCAAGCUCUUAAAGAUAUUGUCAUUAUUCAUCAUUUCGACUGCGGCUGCACUCAUAUUACCGACGAUGUCAUUAAAGAUGCUUUGAAAGCCAAGAGUCCCGAACUGGGAGCUGAGAUUGAUAAGAUGGCCUUUGGCACUUAUUCUGCAAAGAAUAUGCAGCAACACAUAAACAACAUUGAGACGGACAUCAAAUUCUUGAAGGAUUCGCCACUCGUGAGAGAGGAGUUGAAAGAGCGGGUUCAUGCUUACAUUUUCGACCUCCAGAGUGGUAAACUAGUUGCUGUGCCAAUCAAUAAUUAG